AUGGAUACAGAAAUGUCUGAAGAUAUAGACCACAACCUAACUCCUACCAUUGACAGCAUGUCUUACGGAAUGCCGAAUCAAACAGGGUCUGAAAAUUCAUUACUGGAUGAAGAUGAUUACUUUUUGAACUCUGGGGAUCUUGCAGGAAUUCCAGUCGUUGGUAGUGACAACGAGGAUGAGCAGGAAUUUAAUUCAAAGGACAAUCUUGUUUCUUCAAUUCAUACUGAUGAUAGCUUGGAAGUAGAAAGAAGAGUCACACAGCAUGAAUCAGACAAUGAAAAUGAAAUGCAAAUUCCAAAUAAGUUAAAAAAAGACUUUCCCAAACAUUUUGAUCAGGUUUCUGUCUUUAAAGCUAUACGGAAAGAUUUUAAUCUAGUAAGAGAAAACAGCAAAGAGACAUUUUCUGGAAAAGAGAAAAAUAGAGACCUAACUUAUGAACGUGAAAAACGGUUGGAUAAACCCCAUAAAGAUUUGGAUUCACGAUUGAAAAGCAGUUUUUAUGAUAAAGCAGUGGCUAAUCAAGUUGAAGAAACAUUACAUACCCAUUUACCACAAACCCCAGAAACAAACUUUAGGGAUUCCAGCUACCCAUUUGCCAGUAAAGAAUCUAUUGGUUCAGAACUGGGGAAUUCGUUUGCAUCGAAUAUUAGAAUUAAAGAAGAACCUUUGGAUGAUGACUAUGACAAAGCAAUAGCUCCGCAGCGGGGACUCCUAGACAAAAUUAAAGAUGAACCUGACAAUGCUCAGGAGUAUAGUCAUGGCCAACAGCAAAAAACUCAAGAGGGAGAGCUGAAAAUUAGUGCUGUGUUUUCAGUCAGUGGCAGUCCUCUUGCUCCACAGUUGACUACUGGCUUUCAGCCUUCACUGGCAUCAUCUGGCAUGAAUAAAAUGCUUCCUUCAGUUCCAGCCACAGCUGUUCGAGUUUCCUGUUCUGGUUGUAAAAAAAUCCUCCAGAAGGGGCAGACUGCUUAUCAGCGGAAAGGGUCUACUCAGCUGUUCUGCUCUACACUGUGCCUCACUGGAUAUACAGUCCCACCUGCCCGCCCACCGCCUCCCCUCACCAAGAAAACUUGUUCAAGUUGCUCAAAGGACAUUUUAAACCCAAAGGAUGUGAUCAGUGCCCAGUUUGAAAACAGUACCACUACUAAAGAUUUUUGCAGUCAAUCAUGUUUGUCAACAUAUGAACUGAAAAAAAAGCCCAUUGUUACCAUAAAUACAAAUAGCAUUUCAACCAAAUGCAGCAUGUGUCAGAAGAUCGCUGUUAUUCGACACGAAGUCAAUUAUCAGAAUGUGGUGCAUAAACUUUGCAGUGAUGCCUGCUUCUCUAAGUUUCGGUCUGCUAACAACCUCACCAUGAACUGUUGUGAGAACUGUGGGGGUUACUGUUACAGUGGCUCUGGACAGUGCCACAUGCUUCAGAUAGAGGGACAGUCUAAGAAGUUCUGUAGUUCAGCGUGUGUCACAGCAUACAAGCAGAAAUCAGCCAAAAUCACACCAUGUGCACUUUGCAAAUCAUUGAGAUCUUCGGCAGAAAUGAUUGAGAAUACCAAUAGCUUGGGGAAGACAGAGCUUUUCUGUUCUGUUAAUUGCUUGUCUGCUUAUAGAGUCAAAAUGGUUACUUCUGCAGGUGUACAAGUUCAGUGUAACAGUUGUAAAACCUCAGCAAUCCCUCAGUAUCACCUAGCCAUGUCAGAUGGAAGUAUUCGCAACUUCUGCAGCUACAGUUGUGUGGUAGCUUUCCAGAAUUUAUUCAACAAGCCAACUGGAAUGAAUUCUUCAGUAGUACCCUUGUCUCAGGGUCAAGUAAUCGUAAGCAUCCCCACAGGUUCAACAGUGUCCGCCGGAGGAGGUAAUACCUCUACUGUCUCUCCCACCUCCAUUAGUAGCUCUGCUGCAGCUGGUCUCCAGCGUCUUGCUGCCCAAUCUCAGCAUGUUGGGUUUACACGAAGUAUUGUGAAACUCAAGUGUCAGCACUGUAGUCGUCUUUUUGCUACAAAACCAGAACUUCUUGACUAUAAGGGUAAAAUGUUUCAGUUCUGUGGCAAGAAUUGUUCUGAUGAAUAUAAGAAAAUAAAUAAUGUAAUGGCAAUGUGUGAAUAUUGUAAAAUUGAGAAAAUUAUAAAGGAGACUGUGCGAUUCUCAGGUGCUGACAAGUCAUUUUGUAGUGAAGGUUGCAAAUUGCUUUAUAAACAUGACUUGGCAAAACGUUGGGGAAAUCACUGUAAAAUGUGCAGUUACUGUUUACAGACAUCUCCCAAAUUGGUACAGAAUAAUUUGGGGGGAAAGGUGGAAGAAUUUUGUUGUGAAGAAUGCAUGUCCAAAUAUACAGUUUUGUUCUAUCAGAUGGCCAAAUGUGAUGGUUGUAAGCGGCAAGGUAAACUCAGUGAGUCCUUGAAAUGGAGAGGAGAAAUUAAACAUUUUUGUAACCUGCUUUGUAUUUUGAUGUUCUGUAAUCAGCAAAGUGUAUGUGACCCACCUUCACAAAACAAUGCAGGAAAUAUUUCCAUGGCUCAAGCUGCUUCAGCAGGGCCCCCAUCUCUGAGAAAAGAUUCAACUCCAGUUAUAGCUAAUGUAGUGUCAUUGGCAAGUACUCCUGCUGCCCAGCCCACAGUGAAUUCUAACAAUGUCUUGCAAGGUGCAGUUCCAACGGUAACAGCGAAAAUCAUUGGUGAUGCAAGUACGCAGACAGAUACACUGAAACUGCCACCUUCCCAACCUCCAAGGCUUUUGAAGAACAAAGCUUUAUUGUGCAAGCCCAUCACACAAACUAAAGCCACUUCUUGCAAACCACAUACCCAAAACAAAGAAUGCCAGACAGAAGACACUCCAAGUCAGCCCCAAAUCAUUGUGGUGCCAGUCCCCGUGCCAGUGUUUGUGCCCAUACCCCUUCAUCUUUACACUCAGUACGCUCCAGUCCCAUUCGGAAUUCCAGUUCCAAUGCCUGUCCCCAUGCUUAUUCCAUCCUCAGUGGAUAAUGAAGAUAAAGUCACAGAGGGUAUUGACGACAUUAAGGAAAAGCUUCCCACACAUCCAUUUGAAGCUGAUCUCCUUGAGAUGGCAGAAAUGAUUGCAGAAGAUGAAGAGAAGGAGAAGACUCUGUCCCAGGGAGGAUCUCAAACUUCUGAACAGGAACUGUUUCUAGACACCAAGAUAUUUGAAAAAGAUCAAGGAAGUACAUACAGUGGUGAUCUUGAAUCAGAGGCAGUAUCUACUCCACAUAGCUGGGAGGAGGAGCUGAAUCAUUACGCCUUAAAGUCGAAUGCUGUGCAAGAAACAGAUUCAGAAUUGAAGCAGUUCUCAAAAGGGGAAACUGAGCAGGAUCUGGAAGCAGAUUUUCCAUCAGAAUCCUUUGACCCACUUAAUAAAGGACAGGGAAUCCAAGCACGUUCCCGAACAAGACGACGACACAGAGAUGGCUUCCCUCAGCCAAGACGAAGAGGACGGAAGAAGUCAAUAGUGGCUGUGGAGCCCAGGAGUCUUAUUCAAGGAGCCUUUCAAGGGUGUUCAGUGUCUGGGAUGACACUGAAGUACAUGUAUGGGGUAAAUGCCUGGAAGAACUGGGUUCAGUGGAAAAAUGCCAAGGAAGAGCAGGGGGACAUAAAAUUUGGAGGAGUUGAACAUGCCUCAUCUAGCCCAUAUUCUGACCCUUUAGGAAGUGCUCCAGACCACCCACUCUCUCAGGAUUCCUCCGAGCCAGGCUGUAGAGUCCGCUCUAUCAAGCUAAAGGAAGAUAUUCUGUCCUGCACUUUUGCUGAGUUGAGUUUGGGCUUAUGCCAGUUUAUCCAAGAAGUGCGAAGACCAAAUGGUGAAAAAUAUGAUCCAGACAGUAUCUUAUACUUGUGCCUUGGAAUUCAGCAGUACCUGUUUGAAAAUGGUAGAAUAGAUAACAUUUUUACUGAGCCCUAUUCCAGAUUUAUGAUUGAACUUACCAAACUGUUGAAAAUAUGGGAACCUACAAUACUUCCUAAUGGUUAUAUGUUUUCUCGAAUUGAAGAAGAACAUUUGUGGGAGUGCAAGCAGCUGGGCGCUUACUCGCCAAUAGUUCUCUUAAACACCCUUCUUUUCUUCAAUACCAAAUACUUUCAACUAAAGAAUGUUACUGAGCACUUGAAGCUUUCCUUUGCCCAUGUGAUGAGACGGACCAGGACUCUGAAGUACAGUACCAAGAUGACGUAUCUGAGGUUCUUCCCACCCUUACAGAAGCAGGAGUCAGAACCAGAUAAACUGACUGUUGGCAAGAGAAAACGAAAUGAAGAUGAUGAGGUUCCAGUGGGUGUGGAGAUGGCAGAGAACACUGACAACCCGCUAAGAUGCCCAGUCCGACUCUACGAGUUUUACCUCUCAAAAUGUUCCGAAAGUGUGAAGCAGAGGAAUGAUGUGUUUUACCUUCAACCCGAGCGCUCGUGUGUCCCGAAUAGCCCCAUGUGGUACUCCACAUUCCCGAUAGACCCUGGAACCCUGGACACCAUGUUAACACGCAUUCUCAUGGUGAGGGAGGUACACGAAGAACUUGCUAAAGCCAAAUCUGAAGACUCUGAUGUUGAAUUAUCAGAUUGAAGUGGAAGUGCAGUUCCUAUUUUCAUACACAUUGGUAUGCACCAAACUGUGAAUGCAUCCAGCUGCUGGAGACAUACACAAGUCCACGGCCUGUUGUCUUGACCAUGAGGUGAUGGAAAACGAGGACUCGUGAACCACAGUGUGGAUGAACAAAUGAAGAUUGAAGGAAAGGAUGUGAACUGAGAAAUGUUCUUUGGCAGUGCAUAUAGUUCUUAGACAUCUUCAGAAUGACUAACCAGUUUCUCUGAGUGGUGCAUAAUCUUAUUUUGUUUGGGAAUAACAAAUUGUGGAAUAUUUUUAAGGAAAACUGUUGUAUAAGACUCUACCAUAGUAACCUUAGUCCUUAGAGUGUUAGCUUUGGAGUGAACCUUGGCUGCAGUAGGCUCCUUUGGCAAGCCCUCCGUAAAAGUCAGGGCAGAGAGCAGUACAGAGCUAAGAGUGACAUCAGGUGAGGACUGUGGGACCCAGACUUGAAGACCCAAUAAAAAUACUCUUUUUUUUUUUUUUUAAAGAUAGAGUAAAGUGGUCUUAAUUUUGAUUUUUCACUGCCAAGCCAAUUAUGUGAAGGGUAGAAGUCUCUAGUGUUUCUACCAUGGGCCCCUCACAUCAGGGAAAAUGACCUUCACUGCUGUUAACAUAAUAACAUGUCCCUUUCACUUUCUGGGUCUAGCCUUCUCAGCUAUGGGUCUGGAUGUGGGUACAUUAAGGUAAAGGGGGAUGAUAUUCCACAAACUGAUUAUGCACAAAUCUGUGGAACCCGUUAGACCCAAAGUGUCUUGAACUGUUUGUAGAAAACCCACUAAAACGCCCACUUGUCUGGGUGCAGACCUUCAUUGCUGCUGUCCCAUAGCCUGAGCUGUGCUACACAGAAAUGGGGGUUCUCCUUUCGUUUCCAUUUCUUUCCCCUAUGGCAGCUUUUCUCCCAUCGUUUCACCUUUCCAUUUCCCAGAUAAUUCCUUUUAUUUUGUCUUUUGCACCAAUUUCUGGAGGCCCUUGUCAUUUCAAAAAGAUAGCCUCUCUCCUUACUCUGGCAAACUUGUGGGUGUUUCCACAAAGAGACAGUGUUACUUAGCUAUCCGAAUUAUGGUAGAAAAGGUCCUAGUAGGUUCCCAUAUAAGGCAUUUGGAAGAUGAUUUUGUUGAGCUAAGAAACUUGAAAGUAGGGAUUCCGGGAUUAGGAUACAAAGGCACCAGCUGUCUCACAUAUCCAUGUGCAGGUCUUAGAGCAUCAUUCCAGAAUCCAGCGUAGUCGCUCUGUGAGGAUUGCAAGUCCUAGGCGUGUAUGGCCAGUCAGUCCGUCUCACUCACUUCCAUCUCACUUUCUUCCCCACAAAAUUUUGAAUCAAAAGUUUUUAUGAUGUUGGCUAGUCACAGAACCUCUUUAGCUGAGGUUAAUUUGACCCUGUGAUAAAAUCAAGAGAAGUCAAAAGCCUCUUAGAAAUUUUAAUCUUGAAAGACUUUUUGGUAUCUUUUUUUAGAUGGGGUGGCAGGUGGUCUUUUGUUUUGUUUUUGUUUUUUACUAAAGAAAAAAAAACAAACAAUUCAAAGUCGUUUAACUAUAAUAAACAUGAAAAAGUAGGCCUUUUUGACAUUGUGUACUUGAUGGUUCUGUCCCUACGCCUGUAACAAGUCUCAUUCCUGUUACCGAGAACUGUGUGAAAGCAGUGACUCUGCCCCAGUUGUGUGUGAUUAACUCCAUCUGUGUCCGCCGUUGCUGACUGAAAAAACUUUGUACUUCCAGACCUUGUUUGAUAUGGAGAAAACCAAUCGGAUUGUCUAAUUAAGUCUGCCAAUAAACUAUUCAGAAACAUCAGGUGUAAUAGUCCCCACUAUACGAAUUUUAUGGUUUGUAUAAAUACUAACAUUUUCAAUCCCUUCUGUAGUUGUAUGAAAAAAGCAAAUAUUGUUAGCAUAGUAGAUAAAUUGUUAUAAAAUACCAGAAAGAAAAAAAAAUCUGUAUCUUUUAACUGGAACAGCCAAUACCCAGAUAAAUUACUGUAUCAGGAUUUCAAUUGCAUGUUAGUCCACAGAGUUGCCCAGAACCCUAAAUUAACUCAUACAAGAAAAUUUCGAUUAGUUAUUGGUCAUUCCUCAUAAGUGUAGCUGUUGAUGUUGUAUCCAAUUAUUUGAUUUUUUAAUUUUAUUAAAACUGUGUAAAAUUACAUUUUUUUUCCAGGGGAGGAAAAAAAAUCAAAGAGAGAAGCAUCUACAUCAUCCUUUCUGUUCUUUUCUGGAUUUUAACCACUUUUGGGUUUUCCCCUUACAGAAACCACAGAGAUGUUCCCUUAGAAUAAAAUAGUAUAUUUGUA